AUGGGGAAAAAAUUAAAUUAUUUUCCAAUUUUUUUCAUUUUCUUUAUAUUAACUAUGUUAGAAUCGUCAUAUUGUCAAGGAAUAUGGCGGAGACCCGGAUGCCAUAAAGUCGGACACACGAGAAAAGUGAGCAUUCCAGAUUGCGUUGAAUUUCACAUAACGACAAACGCUUGUCGGGGAUUUUGCGAAUCUUGGUCGAUACCAUCGGGAAUGGAAACUCUUCGUGUAAAUCCAUUUCAGGUCAUUACGUCAGUAGGUCAAUGUUGCAACAUUAUGGAAACCGAAGAUGUUGAUGUUAAAGUUAUGUGUUUGGAAGGAAUUCGUGAAUUGACAUUUAAAUCAGCUAAAACAUGUUCUUGCUAUCAUUGUAAAAAAGAUUAA